UUUCAGCAGCUUUGCCAACGCCGUAUCAAGCAUGAGCCCAUCGCCUAUAUCCGAGGAGAAAAAGAGUUUUUCGGUCUUCAUCUCUAUAUUGACAAUCGCGCCUUAGACCCCCGCGCCGAUACCGAAACCUUACUGGAAUGGGCCUUGGAACUGCUACCAGCCGGUGAUAAGGCAGCAGUGCUGGAUUUGGGUACGGGCAGUGGCGCCGUGGCCCUGGGUCUCAAAAGCCAGCGCCCCGCUUGGCAAAUCACCGCCACGGAUGCAAGCCAAGAUGCACUGGCUGUGGCAAAAAUAAAUAGGCGGCAGUUUCAACUGAUCGUCUCGAAUCCACCCUAUAUUCCUGAGGCCGACCCGCACUUGGAUGCCUUGAAAGCGGAGCCGCUGAGCGCCCUGGCCUCAGGCAGCGAUGGUCUGGAUGACAUUCGUCACAUCAUCGCCGCCGCGCCUGCGCACUUACAUGCAGGGGGCUGCUUACUCCUGGAGCACGGUUGGCAACAAGCUGAUGCGGUUUGCACUUUACUGCAACAAGCGGGCUUUAGCCAGGUGCGCAGCAGGCGCGAUUUGGCCGGUCAUCAGCGCUGUAGUGGGGGGCGUUGGGAGGCUUGA